GCAUGCAGUAUCUAAGAGAGGACUCGGUCAACUCCAUUCUUUUUUUUUUCUCUAUAUUUAACCCUUCACUUCAAAGAAUCCAGUAAUCAAAAUUUAAAAAUUAUUUUUCUUUUUAAUUUUUGAUUACAAAACUACUGUAUAAUAUUACUUCAGUGGCUCUUCUUGUCAAUUUUAUUCUUAAAUUUGAUAAUUUGUGGAUACUUUUGCAUUUACAUGAGAAGGAGAAUGGAUUGGUCUGCAGCUUCUGCCACAAAAGCCUAUCUUGAUACCCUCAAACUGUGUGGUGAUCACAAGAGGAGAUGCGAGUCGUGGAUGACCCGAGAGCCCGGAAGUAACGAGUUCAUAUCAGCAUUAGCAGCAGGAAUGAAAGCUAAACUCAUAGUGGAAGUCACAUAUGGAGUGUCACCCUCAACCGUGGCCUUAGCAACCGCGGCGAGACAUACAGGAGGGCGCCUUGUAUGCAUUCUUCCCGAGCCAGUUCUCGCGGAAUCAAAAAAAGUAAUCAAGGAUUCGGGCCUUAAAGACUUGGUAGAAUUCAGAACGGGCGAUCCAUCUCAGCUUUUGCCUGAUUACGAAAACGUAGAUUUCUCUCUCGUAGAUUGCAAGAACGACGAGUAUACGAGGUUACUCAAGUUGAUUGAUGUGAAUCCGACAAAAUCGGUGGUGGUUGCGAACAAUUUAGUGGGGAGUAAGAAAGGAUUGGGAGGCCAAGUAAUAAGCAGAGGAAUUAUGAAAGAUAAAGAUGAAGUUGUCGUAAGGUCUACUAAGCGUCCGAUAGGAAAAGGAAUGGAGGUUACUAUGAUCGGAAAAUCGAUUAAUCCUAUCGCUCAGAUGAGAGACUGCGGCGUAGGAUACGAUUUUCUAGCGUUCGGCGGUGGCAUGAUGAAGAAGGAGAGUGGUAAGAAGAGUAAUUGGAUUGUCAAAGUUGAUGAAGUGAGUGGUGAGGAACAUAUCUACAGAGUGCCUAAAUAGAAAGUUUUAUGUUACACCUCAAUUUUCCAUGUCGAUCGGAUAGUUUCCGAGGAGAUUCUGAUCCGAAUCCAAGAAUAUUGGUGCAUUGAUUUGCAGCUGAUACAAGCAAGAAUUCUUGAUGUAAAGAGUGAAAGGGGAUGAACAGCUAACUCUCUCUGCAUAUAGUAUGUCAAGUGCUGUUGUUUGUACGGGUCAAUACAAUGAGAAUGAAUUGAUGAGACUAGUUGUUACUUUGGACGGAAGACAUGCAUUUGUAGUAUAUUGUAUUUUGUUUCUUCUGUUUGGGCUUGAUUUUGAGUUGCUUUACCUACUUGUAAAUCAAACACUGUGAAUAAUGUGAUACUUUUUUUAUGAUUUAUGCGGCUUUGAUAAAAUUAAAAA